AUGGACUGUGUCAAGCCAAACCCUGCGGAAAGAACGGAUGCCAGUUCAAACACCACGCGCUGCUGCACAACGACCAAAAACAGCAAUCCACUGCGGAAACGCCGUCCUCUUCGACAGCAGUGUCUUCAGCAGCAGGCGACAAAAUCAAGCGACAUAUUGUUUCGCUAUCUUCCAGUAGUACUGCACGGCAAGCAUGGAUCGAUCCGUACAUUCGCUUUCCUGGACGAUGGUUCGGAUCUUACGUUGCUUGACGAAGAAUUAGCCGACGAGCUAGGGCUGGAUGGAGAAACACGAUCGCUUUGUCUACACUGGACUGGCGGCACGCAGCGGCAAGAAGUGAAGUCCAAGGUCGUCGAAGUGGAAAUAUCCGGUGUACAUAGUGGAGCCAAACAAUUUGCGAUCAACGGUGCACGAACACCCUCAAGUGCCGGGAAGGUAAACCGAACGAUCCUGUCGCCAUCAAAACCCGACUCGGCUGGACAAUCUGUGGUGGAGGAACAUCGGAAUCUGCAACCAGCCCAGUUCACUCACAUUGCCGCCGGUGAGGACCAUUGUCAGACGGACGAGAAUCUUCACCAAGUUAUCAAAGACUAUUUCGCGCUACAUAGCAUGGGGAUUAUGAAGCCAACCAAAGCGCUGCUAUCCGUCGAUGAUCAAAAGGCACAAGCUCUCCUUCAAUCACAGACCAACUUUACUGGAGAACGCUACGAAACCGGCUUACUCUGGCGUUCCGAAGCGGUACGUCUGCCGGAUAUCCAAGCGAUGGCACAACGACGUUUCCAGUGCCUGAAGAAACGUAUGAACAAGGACGAAACGCUUGCCGAAACAUUGAGGGAAAAAAUGGCGGAUCAUCUGAACAAAGGUUACAUACGAAAGCUAUCCGAUGACGAACUGAGCCAAAACCAUCAGCGCGUUUGGUAUCUUCCAGUGUUCCCAGUGACAAACCCAAAUAAACCGGGAAAGGUGAGAAUCGUUUGGGACGCAGCAGCCAAGGCUUUCGGAGUAUCACUAAACUCUGUUCUGCUAAAGGGUCCUGAUAAUCUUUCCUCAUUGUUCACUGUGUUGAUCCGUUUCCGUGAGCAUCUCAUCGCCUUAACAGGAGAUAUCCGCGAGAUGUUUCACCAAGUCCUUAUUAGCAAGGAAGAUCAACAGUGCCAGCGUUUCUACUGGAGAGACGAUGACGGGAAACUUUCGGUAUACGUCAUGUGCGUCAUGACCUUUGGCGCUUGCUGUUCACCAAGUAGCGCCCAGUAUGCCAUGAACCUGAACGCUACGCGCUUCGCUCAAAAGUAUUCCGAUGCAACAGAGGUUAUCGAAAAGCAGCACUACGUUGACGAUAUGCUAGUGAGCGUUGACACUGAGGAGGAAGCAAUCAAACUUGCAGAAGAUGUAAGGUUCGUGCACUCGCAAGGUGGGUUCGAAAUCCGAAACUGGACCAGCAAUUCGCAACGGGUAUUGGAAGCUCUACGUGGCAGCAACACCGAGGAAAAGAACCUGAACUUGUCACCCGAAAUGCUGACUGAAAAAGUGUUUGGCAUGUGGUGGUGUACAGCGUCAGAUGUCUUCACCUACAAGAUCGGCUGGGAUCGCUACGAUCAAAUCUGGCGUAGCGGCAUCCAGUGGGACAAUAUCAUUGACGAGAACGCCUUCGCAAAGUGGCGCAGUUGGCUGCAGGUUCUACCACAAGUUGAAGUAGUUCAAGUACCACGAUGUUUCCGGCCUCAAUUUGCUCCGGCAUAUGACGAAGUUCAACUGCACACGUUCGUUGAUGCGAGCGAGAACGGCGUGGCUGCCGCGUGCUUCCUGAGAUUCAAACGGAAUAAAGACGUAUGGUGUCGUUUAGUUGCAGCCAAAACAAGAGUUGCCCCCUUGCGAUACCACUCGAUCCCAAGACUUGAACUCAUGGCAGCAGUCAUUGGUACAAGGCUCUCUACAACAGUUCUCGGUUCCUUGUCCUUCAACGUAAGCAAGCGCGUCUACCAUUCGGAUUCCAGAUGCGUGAUUUGCUGGCUGAAUUCGGAUCACCGCCGUUACACGCCAUUCGUUGCCUGCCGAGUCAGUGAAAUCCUAGAAGCAACAGACCAGAAGCAGUGGCGCUGGGUCCCGACGAAGCUGAACGUGGCAGACGACGCCACGAAGUGGGAGAAGUUUCCGGAUAUGACGCCAGAAUCCAGAUGGUUCAUCGGGCCAGAUUUCUUGCAGCUAUCUGAAGAAUUAUGGCCAAGCCAACCGAACAAAGUUAUCAAGACAGAAACUGAACUUCGGGCCUGCCUGUUAGCUCACUUUACAUCGCCUGAUCCAGCUAUCAACGUCUCUAGCUGGAAGCGGAUGCUUAAAGUAGCGGCACUUGUACAUCGUUUCCCUGCAAACUGCCGUUUGAAGAAGCAGGGGAUGCCAGCCCUCUUCGUAGCCCCAUCUACCGAUGAAAUCCAGUCCGCUGAACGCUACGUCAUCCGACAAGCACAACGUGAAGCGUAUCCGGAAGAACCAGCUAGGAGAAUAGCACAGACGAAAACCGUUCCCAAGACCAGUCCACUGUUCAAACUCACCCCUUGGUUGGACAACAAUGGAUUGAUGAGGAUGCGGGGAAGAAUCGGUGCCUGUGCCCAGGCUCUAGAAGACGCCAAGAAUCCGAUCAUUCUUCCACGUGAUCACCACACUACCCGACUUAUAAUCGCACACUACCACAACAAAUACAACCACCAGAACCACGAGACCGCUUUGAAGGAAAUCCGACAGAGGUAUUGUAUACCUCGAUUACGAGCGACUUAUUCGAGGGUACGACACAACUGCCAACAAUGCAAGAACCACCGUGCUGUACCACAGCCUCCAAUUAUGGCCGAUCUACCUCCAGAACGACUUGAUGCCUUCGCUCGACCAUUCACACAUAUCGGCAUAGAUUAUUUUGGACCGAUGGAAGUAGUCGUUGGCCGUCGAGCAGAGAAGCGAUGGGGAAUGCUGAUCACUUGUUUGACCACUCGUGCAGUCCACAUCGAAGUCGUAAACACGUUGAGUACCGAUUCCUGCAUCAUGGGUCUUCGUAACUUCGUAGCGCGUCGAGGUUCACUUAGGACGAUCUAUAGUGACCGCGGGACUUGUCUCAUCGGUGCGAGCCAUGCACUGGCCGACGCGGCAAUGGAAAUCAAUCACGAUGAGGUGAUGAAGGAAGUGAUGACGUGA